GCGUAGUCAGCACGCAGGCCGCGGCAGAACCUCACCGCCCGUUGGCGACCAUUCCCCUUUGGGCGGGCGAGAUUUCGUGAUAUUUUCCGCUGGUCGUCCGUCUCGUCCCUUCGACUGCUGGUUGUGACAGUCCAUUUGCCUGCCUCCUCCCGCCCUCGUCAUCCCUCGUCAUCCCAUCACAAUGCCUCCCCGGGUGCGUCUCUCGACUGGCCGUCUUCCCCAGCCGCUCCGACAGACCAGAUUCCGUCAAUAUGAAUUGCCGUCGGUGACCAGAUGCGCCAGCACGGCGACGACGCCGGCGCCCUCAGUUGAGCAGAUGACGAAGUCGCCGGCUCCAAUCGCCAGAUAUCCUCCCUCCCAAGCUCCGUCGCACCGCAAUCCCGAAUACCGCCGGUCGCAACUCCUGCGUCAAUACACCUCUCUCAUCCGCACGACGCCUCUCAUGGUCUUUCUGCAACACGACAACCUGCAAUCGGUGGAAUGGACCGCCAUCCGACGAGAAUUGACCAGCGCCUUGCGUAAGGUGGACGAGCAGAUUGUCGCCGAGGGCCGGAACACCCCGUCAUUGGCCCCCCAUAUCAAGGUGCAAAUCGUGCAGACCAGCAUUUUCGAGGCGGCCCUGCGGAUUGUCGAAUACUUCCGGCCCAGCCAGGCCGCCCUGGCCAGCGAGCAACCCCCUAGCGCCGUCAAUCCGGUGACGCAGACCUCGGCUGAACUGCCUCCCACCGGCUCCAAGGACGACCCGUCGUUGACACAUGAUCUCUCCCGUGCAGCCCACGACGCCGUCCUGCAUAUGAAGGGCAAGCACGAACUGUCCACACUGUUGGCGGGCCCCAUCGCCGUGCUCUCGAUCCCCGACGUGUCGCCGGAGCAUCUGAAGGCUGCACUGACCGUCCUUGCGCCCAAGGCCUGCGGUUUCCCUUCCCCCACCCGGAAGGCCAACCCGGGAUGGCAUGAGCUGCCGGUUCAGAACGGUCUGAACAAACUGGCCCUCCUUGCUGCCCGGGUCGACGGCAAGGUGUUUGAUGUCGACCAGACCAAGUGGGUCGGUGGCAUCCAGGGCGGUAUGGAUGGCCUGCGGUCUCAGCUCGUCCAGUCCCUGCAGAGCAUGGGAUCCGGCCUUACGAAUGCCCUGGAGGGGGCUGGCAAGAGUCUCUACUUCACUCUUGAAAGCAGGAAGAACGUUCUGGAGGAGGAGCAGAAGGGACCCGAGGAGCAGAAGAGUGAUUCUUGAACGAGGCAGCGUGAGCCAUCUGAUUUCUAUGUAUAAUACUACUACACUUAUGUACUUUUCCUCUUUCUUGGACACUUGUGGUUUUUCUUUUAGCAUUUAUAUUUGAAUUCGAGAAGAGCCAAAAUCAUAGAAUGCACGAAUUCUUGUUACCUUUGGAAUGAAUAUUUGGGACUAUGAAAUUCAACAAGUUUAAAUU